AUGGCCAUCAAGGACUCCUCUUUUGUCAAGUGGCCUCCUAAGUUGAUGGGGGAUCCUGCCACAAGAAACCAAAAUGUCUACUAUCAUUUCCACAGAGACUACGGACACAGCACAGAGAACUGUAGAAUCCUCUACGACGAGAUUGAAGAGCUCAUCCGUCACGGGUACUUGAAAAACUUUGUACAACGAGAAGAAAGAAGUCAGGCAGAUCGGCAAGCAGAUCAACAGGGGGACCAGAGAAGGAAUGCCCCCGAGUCCAGCAAUAGACAGAACGAGCAGCCGCCACGACAGUUGCUCGAGGAGAGACCGGUCCGCGGGAAAAUCAAUAUGAUUACUGGUGGGUCCAUCAUCGCAGGGUGUACUUCAGCAGCCGGACAAACCUUAGUUCGCGAACUAGGGAAUGAAGAGGAGAACCCGCCGAAGCGACCCCGACUUGAAGACCCAAUUUACUUCAUGGAGGAUGAUGCGCGCGGGAUCUAG